AUGCAGACUGCUUCUACAUUUGUGAAAGACUGUGCAAUAAGUCCAUCCAUGACAUUUCCUUGCUACUAAAUAUGCCACGGUCAACUGUUAGUGGUAUUAUAACAAAGUGGAAGCAACUGGGAACAACAGCAAUGUAGCCACGUAGGCCACAUAAAAUGACAGAGCGGGGUCAGCGCAUGCUGAAGUGCACACAGUGCACAGAAGUCGCCAACUGUCUGCAGAACCAAAAGGUAAAGACCUCCAAACUUUGUGUGGCCUUCAGAUUAGCACAACAACAGUGCGUAGAGAGCUUCAUGGAAUGGUUAUUCCAUGCAUCCAAGCCUUACAUCACCAAG